CAAUGUUGCAGCCUACAUGGGCCUUGAUGGGAAUGGUAAAGAUGGGAGCUUUCUUAAUCAAAAUCUUGACCCAUUUCCUUGGAGGUUUCUGUUUGUCAUAUAGAGGAAAAAUGGAAAAAUUCACCAAAAAUUUCACUAUUAUUUCACCCCUUUCUGUCUCUCUCUCUCUCUCCUCAGUUUCUCUCUCUUCCAUUUGGAGUAAGAUGAGAAAAAGCUUCCUUUAAGCCUCAAAACUGAAGUGGGGUCUUUUGAUUAACUGUUGAUUACCCUAUCAAUUCCAAAGAGGUUUGGAUUGAUUGAAAUUAUUCUGAAACCUUCCAUCCAUCUGCUGCUAACUUCUGCAACAAAACCAGUGGAGGAUUCUCUGCUAUUAUAUCAUCCAACCAUUCUCUAUCCUUCGUUUUUUCACUGUUUUUUAUCCAAAAAGUGGAUACCCAUUUGAAGAUUUGGGCAUAUGAACAAUUGGAGAGGAGGAGGUACAAAUUGAAACAAGUGUGUGUGUGUGUGUGUGUGUGUGUGUGUGUGUGUGUGUGUGUGUGUGUGUGUUGUGUGUUUAUGGAUUGGGGUUGGAGAAAAUUUUCUGGGGAAAGAGUCACUUUCCAGGAAAACAAACAGAAUCCCACAAGUUUUUCUGACUCGAUUGGAUCAAAUAAUGAAGAAGAACCGAUUCUCAAGGGUUCGAGUCAAGAAAGUUCUACCUCUCAUGGAUCCUCCAAGAGGACUCGAUUGCUUCAUGCGAGCCAGAACCAGACAUGUUUGGUGGAUGGCUGUGACUCUGACUUGAGCAAUUGCAAGGAGUAUCAUCGUCGUCAUAGGGUCUGCGAUUUGCACUCCAAAACCCCUGUUGUGAUGGUCAAAGGCGAGGAGAAACGAUUCUGUCAACAGUGCAGCAGAUUUCAUUCGCUUGGUGAGUUUGAUGAGGUUAAGAGAAGCUGUAGAAAGAGGCUUGAUGGACACAAUCGGCGUAGGAGGAAGCCUCAGCCUGAAUCCUUGUUCAUCAGUUCAAGGGAUUUUCUGUCAAAUUGCAAAGGUCCAAUUGUGCUGCAAUUCAGCGAUCAACAAGUUCAUGUUCCUGAUGAACUUGGUAGGAGUUUAUGGCCUAUGAGAACUGAAGAAAACUCAUCUUUGGUUCCAUCAAAUUCCUCUGGUUUCUUCAGUUUUGGAGGAGGAGACAACAAACAGCUGCCAUUUUUGCAGCCUAAGAAUGGCUCAAAGCAAGGAAAGCAUAUGGUUUCUUCUCAGUUUUGUUUCAAUCAGCAACUUCCUGAUGCAAUCUCUCAGGUGAGUGAGGGGGACAGCCAGAAAACGGUGCCUCCGAAUAACUCGCCCGAGGAUUCGGGUUGUGCUCUCUAUCUUCUGUCAUCGCACCCUGUGCAAGCUCUCCCAGAGGCUGGCUUGAGCUCUUUGGUUCAGUCCCAUCUGAGUCUUCCAGUCCAAACUCAAGAGGAGACUGAGCUGAAUUUCAGUAGUCUAAGUGAUUUCUCUGAGUCCUUUGGUUCAAAGGACAAGGCUGUUAGUAAAACCAAUGUUCAUCAUAGUGAGUUGGGGCUUGAAAUGGAGGAGGAAUCUAAUGGCUUGUUUCCCAUUUCUUGGGAGUAGUUUAAGCUUUGUCUGUUUGUUUUUUCUUUUUAUUUAUGGCUUUAAUGCAAGACUUCUUUUGAAUAUGAAGUUCUUUGUUUCUGUGAUUGUAGACAGCAAAGGGGCCUAUUUUGCUGGUUGUUUUGUGACCUUUGACAUAAAAAGGAAUAGACUACUACUUUGACAUCGUCAUUUA